AUGAUGAAAAACAACAUGAACAAACUGAUUGACGAAUGUUUCUUUGUAUUGCACAGUAUUAUCAGUUGUACGCUGAAAGGUUUUUUAAAGAUCGAGACGAUUGAAGAAGCACAGAGGUACCAUUUGAUCUACGUGUGGUUCAUUCCUGUAUGUGAAAUGGGAAGGAGGAGAAAAGGGGGAACCACUUCCUGUGAAGGUGCAACUAGGGUAGAGUUAGAUGAAGAGAGGGGGAAAGACCUAUGCCGAGCUACCCCUUACUACCCCUCUGAUUUUCUUACAAAAGGGAAGGACUCAGGAGGAACGAUGCUUUCCCAGGUGGAAAGACUCUUCCCAUUCGGAGGGGUCUAUCUAAGUGAGUGGAUCAUAACGGGAGUUAACAAAGCGUUGAGUAUGAUGCUUUGUGGUAGUGAUAGCGGUGGUGGUGGCGGCAGUGGUAGCGGCAGUGGUGCUCACCAGGUGGCCCUCGAAAAUUGGUCAUUCGUCCUCGAUUUGAUCAAAUUUGUUUAUGCCGAGGGGGAUAUCUUAUCCAAGUACCUACGCGGAGGGGUGUUACGCCAAGCAGAGAAUGAACGACCGCCCCAGAGUGCGACCCGUAUGGAAAAGCACAACAGUAACGUAAAGGCAAUUAAACAAAGGGAAAAUCACAUCAACACAGCAUUGGAAAAGUACCAUGAAGAUAUUCACAACAUUAUUAAGGCAUAUUUUACUCUCCCAUUUGUCCUAUUUAAGUGUAUAACUGAUGUAGGUGGAAAAAAAGGAAACGACGAAAAGAGGAAGCUGUAUAUUUAUCAGCACAUCAUUCCAGGGGAAUUGAAUGACGAAGGAUUUUCUAAACAUGCUGUGAAGACUUGUGUCUUUUAUUGGCUGCAUGGAGAUGAGGCUACAGUGAACUACGAAAAGAUGGCCCUGUUAACGAAGCGGGUGGUGAACUGCCAUUUGGUGAAUCCCUUUUGCCAGACACUCCUUGGGCGGCUUCUACUCGUGAGUGGAAGCGGCAAGGCGGACAAGGGGAGCGACUUGCGGGAAAGCUCAAAGGACGCACUCAAGUUAACCCGGAUGAACCACAUCCUGCAGAACCUCUUUUAUUACGUCCACCUGUACUGUCAUGGGGAAUCUGUUGGAGAAAAACUACUCACCAGCUUAAUCGAGAAUGUGAGUCCCUUUGUCAAAGUCGUUCAAAAUGAAGAAGAGCUCUCCUUAUGUUUAUUUAACCGAACGGUAAAGUAUCUUCUGUGUGUAAUUAUCAACCUUGCCUUUUUGUAUAAAUGGGAUUUCUACAUUUUGGAAAAAUUAUUCAGCAUUUUCUCCCGUAAUUGUUUGCCGCUCAGUUUUUCCCUUACCUUCAUUGAGCUCCUAGCCGAUUUGGUGGGGCCCAAUUGGACAGCUUCCAGCACACCGUUUGCCAACUUCACACAGAAGAAAAAAGUGAUUCACUCUAGUGAAGUGAUUCGCGAGGGAAGAAGUUACCUCAACGUUGUUAGGCAAGUGAAGGGAGAAGAAAAUCAAAGCAUGUAUAGCUGUGCUACAGAUUGCACAUCAGAUGAACGGAUCAGGGUCGGAAUAAUGGCGUUCGAUUUUUUACAAGAAAUGUUUUUCUUCGUUUUGGGACAAUUCUCCCCCGAUUCUCAACAAAAAGCUGCUUCCAGUUUUGUCCCCAUAAUUUUGAGCAAAUUACUCUACACAUUUAGCGUACACAUGAAGUGUGUAAAUAAAAAGCUUGUUGAGAGUUCGUACCAUUUUGGUGCACUUUCCGAGGUGGAGUUACAUAUAUACAAAUUGAAUUCCCACCACAGUGCAAAGCUAUUUGAAAGGGUUACGAAAAUGGUGCGUGAGUUGUUUAAGCGGAAGGAUGAAGUGUCCCUGGUCGCUGGGCAAAUACUGGCUGACCAUUUCAGGCUCUACGUUGAUGCUCUAUCCUACAAGGCGGGAAAAAAGCAUGUGCGGACCGAUGUAAAAAUGGGCAAUUGUGAAGAGCCUAGGGAGGGAGGUAGUCUCUUCCCCAGUUUGCAACAGCCAGCAGAGCGCUUCCCAGAAGAACUGAGGUGCUUCAAAGUUAUUAAGCAGAGUGGGUUUGUCUACCUGGGGGACCUUAUCCGGAUGAACGACCCGGAGCGGGGCACCCAGGGUGACGAAGUGGAAGAAGUGGAAGAAGUGGAAGAAGGAGAAGAAGUAGAAGAAGAAGGAGAAGGAGAAGCAAAUGACAAAUCGGGUGACGAAUCGAAUGACAAAUCGAAUGACAAAUCGAAUGACGAAGUGGACGCGCUGGUGGCCACCCUGCGGGAACCACCCCCUGACGAAGGGAAGAAAAAAAGCGAAGACGAUAAGCUGAUUCAAAACGCAGAUUCGUUAAUCGAAAACGACCUAUACGACAUCGAAGAGAAGCAGUUCCUAGUUGAGCUACAAUUAGAAAACGAAUACUACCUCAACGUGGAUAGGAACAAGCACAUGUAUACAGACCCACCGGAAGAUCUGUUCGAAUGUCUGCACAGAAUGAAAGGCAAAGCAAAUUAUAUCGAAAGAAAUGAACAGGAUAUGAAUUAUGACUAUAUGAAAUUGAAUGACAAGAAGGAGACGUAUGAUGAAGAAAAUUUUCGCAUAUGUCAGGCAGUGGUUGCCUUGCCAAAGUUUAUCAGAAAGGGAGAUGUGUUAACCUAUUUGUGUGUAGAAUUAUAUGAAGCACUACUUUCGCUAAACCAUUCGAGUUGUCUCCUUCGAGAAGGGAAGAGUCCCUUCGCCACGAUCAAACUGUUUGACAUGAUCCUUCUUACUAUCAAUGAGCCAAUUGAGAUAUGCAAAUUUAUUUUUAAAAACGUUUACUCGAAUAUGCACUCGAGUGUGCAAAAGAUGGUGCUCCUGUUGUGUCUACAGUUGUGCGUGCUGUUUCUUUCGGGACGCGCUACUCUGCGCGAAGUGUUUCAGAGCGCGCGUGAGGUUACGGCGCAGAUGGGGCUGAGCGUGUCGGGCAAGAAGGCGAGCGAGGAGGCGAGUGAGGAGGCGAGAUGGAAGAGGAACACCCGCCCGUUGCACAAGCCAAAUAGGGACAGACACGAAAGAAGCAAAAUUUGUGACUUGCGAGAAAAAGGAAGUAAUAACGGUCUGCUUAAAAAAAAGGAGGCCUCCAAGAUGAGCCUCCAAAAUGUUGAGAAAAAAACCAAGUCAAUGACCACCCUUUGUAGCUUCUUCUUCGCUAGUGCGUACACAAAACUGCUCGACGUGAACAUAAAAAAGGAAGCUAUCAACAUAGAAUAUGACGAAUACAAGUUGAGAAAAUAUUAUUCAAAUGAUCCAUCCCUCGUCCUUUCUUUAAUCUCAACAUAUAUCGUAUUUUUUACCAGCUCGUGCAACUGCAAUUUUUAUAUAGACGAAAUUUUGACUGAUGGAUUUACAUUAGCAAAUUUUUACAUUCGAAACAAAAAUUUCCUCGUUCGAAGAGUAAGUUUUAAGUUAUUAUUUCAUAUGAUAAAUUUUAUUUUAAAAAAAAAAGUUUUAUUUGUUGGAGCAUGCAAAUUACAUGGAUGUGAUUAG